GGCCAUUUGUUAGUUUUGUAAUGAACUUUGUUUCGGCUGAUUCUACGGAGCUAACAUACAUGAAAGGAAUGAUGAAAUAAAUUGAUAGACGAUUUGGUAUGGUCGAGUCGACGCUUGCAGAUAUCCAAACAUUGAUUCAAUGGUCAAACCUUGAACUGAGUCUCAUACAAAUCGAAAAUAAUGUUCAAACGAUGGACAGAGCAUACAAAAACUUUUAUGAAUUAGAAGGAUCGGCUUCAGAUAAAAUGCGUGAUUUUAGCACUUCAUAUGAAUCAGCAUAUCGACUCAGUGGAUCAAGAUUAUACGAGCUGGUUGUUCAAGAAAGUUCGUUUACCGACAGUCUUGGCGUAGCAAUUAUGAAAAAACAAAGUACGACCGCAAAAAGACAAACGAUUAUCUUCUUGGGAUUCUCAAGAUCAUCUUGCAAGGUAUGCGAAUUGAACUUGCCUAUUGCAAAAUGCAAUAUGGCGGAACAUAUUAUAAUUCCAUGCGAGGCGAAUGGCAAAGUAGAAUUGUCACAGUAACUGAAAAAUUCAAAGAGAUUGAUGACACUGUAACAAACGCGUUCCUCGUGCAGUCAAAAGCGGACACCAAAGAAACUGCUCAUGACAACCGGCCCAAUUCCAUGGGUAACUUAGAUUUUAGCGUCAAGGUGUGUAAUAAGUUAAAAGAAAAGUAUUACUGGCGAGAUUGGUUAUGUGCAGUAUGGGAUGACGAUGUUUCUUCAAACGAAUUCAGUUACACAUUGUGUGGAGGCUUUUUUCUCCGUUGGGAGUAUGGACGCAACAUCCUUGUGUCAAGCCGAGACAAAACUGCUCCAAGGAUGAACGUAGCCAAUGCUAAGGCAGAGUUGAACAAGUUUACGUUUAAAUCUUAUGUGGGUAUUAGUUAUGAUGGUACAAAGAUAAUCAACCAUAGCUCGAGAGCCAAUACAAUUUUUGACGUAAUAAACGUAAACGAUGCAUGUUGCAUCGCUGUUAUUAAAAAGCAUGCUAACACAUACUGGCAUAAGUCAGAUUACACUAGAGUUGCAACUAAAGCCUUGCACAUUUACUGGUGGGUUGUUAUAUUUGGUUAAACAAUUGAACAAUGUUUUAUGUAACAAAAACUUCAAAUAGUUCUCUGAAAAAAUAAUUGGACAAAUAAUGAGGUCAACAAUGACAACUAGAUUAAGGAUGCUGAUCAAAUAAAAUAAUAUUUAUUUUUUGUAUUUUAUUAUAAUCUCCCACAUAAUCAUGGUUUUGUGCUGCUUCACAUUCGGACAUUAAAUUCUUUUUAACUAUUGCAAUAGUUUAGCAUUGCUAUGUUACGAAUAUGACCCUUGCUACGUUUUACGGAUAUAACCCUCGCUAUGUUUUACGGAUAUGAUCAUUGCUAUGUUUACGGAUAUGACCUUCGCUACGUUUUACGAAUAUGACCAUGGCUAUGUUUACGGAUAUGACCAUUGCUACAUUUUACGGAUAUGACCCUUGCUACGUUUUACGGAUAUAACCCUCGCUAUGUUUUACGGAUAUGAUCAUUGCUAUGUUAAACGGAUAUGACCUUCGCUAAGUUUUACGGAUAUGACCAUGGCUAUGUUUACGGAUAUGACCAUUGCUAUGUUUACGGAUAUGACCAUUGCUACAUUUUACGGAUAUGACCAUUGCUAUUUUUACGGAUAUGACCAAUGCUACAUUUUACGGAUAUGGCCCUAGCAACGUUUACGGACAUGACCAUUGCUAUGUUUACGGAUAUGGCCCUCGCUAUGUUUUACGGAUAUGACCAUUGCUAUGUUUACGGAUAUGGCCUUCGCUAAGUUUUACGGAAUCAGCUAAUUUUGUCAUAGUUUGAGUAAAUUUUCUCUCUUGAAUGUACCCAAGUAUUUCCUUCCCAGCAGUCAAGCCUUUCUCCAUUUGGUCCUUUUCGUCAGCGGUUAAGCUUUCAAUGUUCGGUACAAACGCCAAAACUAUCAUCGUGAAGAACCAUGCACCUAGAGGAACACCU